CGGAUCUUCUUUCUCCCUCUUUAUGCCACGUCGCCCUCCAUUUUGAAAGUCGUAUUGAUGCCCGAAAUCAAGACUUUUAUUUAGUCUUGAAAUACUCUACGUUUCUGAAAUGAGUCCGUUAUCAAUCUUCUUAGUUCUACCUUUUGUUUCGUUGGAAUAUUUUGCCUUAGUAAGCUCUAUUUCGUUCACUUUGCCGCCCGGACAAGAGAAGUGUCUGAGAGAGGAAGUACACAAAGAUGUCUUAGUGACCGGUGAAUAUAAGUUAUCGGACGCUCCACACAUGAAAACGCACUUGACGGUGAGUGAUUCAACUGGACAUGUCUUAUACAAGAGAGAAGAUGCAAGCAAGGGGAAAUUUGCUUUUACAACGGACGACUAUGAUAUGUAUAAAGUUUGCCUAGAAAGUGAAGGGACAGCCGGAGGAGGAAUUGAUCGUGAGGUUUUCUUGAGUGUGAAGCAUGGAGUAGAAGCAAAGAAUUAUGAAGAUUUGGCAAAGGCUGAAAAGCUCAAGCCCAUGGAAGUGGAACUCAAGAGGCUGGAGGAUUUAGGUGAUGCUAUUGUAAAUGAUUUUGCUUACAUGAGGCAAAGGGAACAAGAGAUGAGAGAUACCAAUGAAUCUACUUAUUCCAGAGUGUUAUACUUCAGUAUUUUCUCCAUUUUGUGUCUCUUUGGUCUAGCAACAUGGCAACUUUUCUACUUGCGACGAUUCUUUAUUGCCAAGAAGCUUAUAGAGUAACUUUUUAAAGGAUUUUAACAAUUGAUACCACUUCCAAGUUUACUUCUGUGCAAGAUCCUGAUAUUGUGUGCCAUCUUGAAAAUCCCACUCGUUGUCUGGAAGUGAACAGUUUUUCAGGGGUUGUUUCUUGUUAACCCCUUUUUAUACUUGACUAACUUGAGUAAAAAGUACUGUUUCAAAGUGUGUUAUAUGUUUGAAGAUCUCUGCAACUACCACUAUGGAGCCAGUACCAUUUGAACUUAAAUAUUCAUGAUGGUUGCACAUUUUGGUUUUGAUCUGUGUGUGGUUUUGCAAUUAGAAGGAGGUGAAAUAGAUGGCUUAUUUACUCAUUGAUUUGAUUUAAGGCAGUGAUGGCCUACACCAGUAGGCAUUAAAAACAGCAAUAACCUGUCAUUAAUGAUUAACCAUGAUAGUAAAUUUUGAGAAUAAACCAUUUAUAUGUGGCUAAUUGCUUCAAAGAGGGACCAAUCCUCAGAAAACUGCCAUUCCAAAUUUCUUGUGGCUGGCAAUUAACCCCAAACAACCAAUUGCACACAAGAAAAAUACUCUCCAGGUGUCUAAAGCAAGUUUAUUCCUCUGUUAGGUAAGCAGAUUUUGUUGGGUGGUGCUUGUGUGUACUAACCAAUAACCCUGUAACCCUUUAACUCCUAAGGUCUGCUUGUUAUCAACCCCCUUCAGCUACAACACGUCUAUUUGUAAAUAUGUUAUGAGAAUUUGGUGUUAGAUCAAGAUAACCUCUAACUGAUAAGUUUGAGUAUUCUCAUUACCUGUUUGCUGGGUAAUGUUUGGAUUUUUUAGGGAGAAGUUACAUGUUUAUCACUUCUAGGAGUAAGGGGUUAAAAAAGAAAAACAGUGUUAAUAAUAGUGAUCAGAUAUGAUACAUUUAUUGAUACAAUCUCAUACCUUUUAACAAAGUUUCAUUGUACUCAGAUAUGCUCCAGAUCAGUAAAGUGCUAUUGAUUAAAUACUAGGGAGUACCCUGUUAAAUACAAAUUUUCGUUGACUUAAAAAAUAAAAAUAUAGGAUUUUA